AUCGGAACUUCUAUCCGUGCUCGGCCUACACUACAAAACAUCAACAGCUGUCAACCCCCCAACUCACCUAACAAUCCACGACCUCUCUUUCAUCACCAACCCACUCUCUUUCACCCACCUCAAAAUACUUACCAAACCAAAAUUAACAAAACACAAAAAAAUGGAAGGCGUCGACCUCCUCAUCCUCGGCGCCGGCUGGACCGCCACCUUCCUCAUCCCCCUCCUCCAACAACACCCCGACUCCCUCACCUUCGCCGCAACCACCACCACCGGCCGUCCCGUCUGCGGCAUCGACACCAUCCCCUUCCGCUUCGACCCAGACUCCAAAGACCCCACCCCGGUCGCCAACCUGCCGCGCGCGCGCUACAUCCUCAUCACCUUCCCCCUAACAGGCAAAGGCCAAAGUACCUGGCUCACAGAAACCUACCAAGCCACGCACCCUAGUAGCCCUUCCCAAGAAAAGUACAGGUUCAUCCAGCUCGGCAGUACGGGUAUCUGGCAAGUAGAAGGGCGGAGAAAACGCCACGGCGCAGCUAAAAAUCCAGAAGAAAAGCAAGCUGAACGGGAAGCUAGGGUUAAAGCCGAGGCGGAAGCCGCCGCCGAGAAGAAGAACAACAACAAAAAACCCUUUGGUUUCACGACGCGACACUCGCCUUACCUGACUACGGACCCGCGCGCCAUAGCUGAAGACGAACUGCUUGCUUCGUCGGUGGUGGACGGCAUGGUGCUUGCGCUCUCUGGGCUGUGGGGCGGGGCGAGGGAUCCGCGCAAUUGGGUGAGCAGGGUGGCUUUCUCGAAGGAGGCGUUGAGGCACAAGACGAGUUUGCACAUGAUUCAUGGAUUGGAUAUCGCGAGGGCUGUGUUUAAGAUCAUCACGACUUGUGAGGAUGAGGAGGAGAAGGAGGGCGGAGAGAAGGAGAAGAAGAAGAAGAAGUGGGAGGAGCAUGGAAAGGGGCAGAGGUGGAUGUUGACGGAUGGGUUUGUGUAUGAUUGGUGGAGUUUGUUGAUGGGGUGGGCUACCGAGGGACAGGAAGACGGGGAGCCGAGAGAGCAGGCGAAGUGGGUGAUGGAGUUGAUGGAGGAAGAGGGGGUGCAGGCGCUGCCGAGGAGUAUGGAGCUCAUGGGAAGGGCGUAUGAUUCGAGAGAAUUCUGGAGGACGUGGGGGUUGGUGCCGGUGAAGGCGAGGGUUGGGGUUAAUGCUCCUUAGAAGGGGCUAAAGACAGAAGUGUUGGGAGACACCAAGUUAGGAGAGAAAGAAGGACGGCAGGUAGAGGGCCAUUGUACAUUAUCACAAGCAUACCAGCA